AUGGCCGAGUGGUCUAAGGCGCUGGUUUUAGGCACCAGUCCCUCCGGGGGCGUGGAUGGACUAAACCAAAAGGAGUCAGGCGGCUGUGCUGAGGAAAGUUCGUCCCCUGGAUGCCGUCAGAGAGGAUCGAAAACCGUUUGCAUGUGUGCUGAUAAUCACUGCAAUAAGCAGGGAUACGACAUGCAGGAUUCAAGUGAAGAAGGUUGA